GUAUCUUGGCCCAUGCGCCGCUUUGCCAGGGCCAGGGCGGCCCGGAGGUUGAAAUCACCUGCCUGCCUUGGACAUGGGUGAAAUCCUGCCGGGGCGACUGGCAAUUCCAGGCCUGUCCGUGCUGAGUGCCCAUGAAAUGUCCCCUGGGAUUCCCCUCCGCCCGCUCCGAUCCCCUCUGCACAAACUUGCCCCUCUGCCCUAGCCGCUGCACCCUCUGACGCGCUCCUCCCCAGAAGUGGCUGCAUUCCCGUGGUGCUUCGGGGAGGGGACGUGAGACGUGAGGCUUCGGUAAUGGGUUCCGCCUGCUGCCCGCUCCCCCUUCCAGGCCAUCCAGAAUCUGAGCAGCGUGAUGGACGCCAGCGGUCACUGCGUCUGCACCGUCAUCCUGCCCGACGACACCUUCCCCCUGCGGCGGAUCGAGCUGCUGGAGUCGUCCGCCCACAACCUGACCCUCCGUGUGCAGCGGGAGAUGGAGAAGCUCCAGGAAUACGGGCAGCGCCUAGCGUGGUACGAGGCCAAGCUGCAGAACGCCAGCCGCCGGCUGCAGCUGCUGGAGGUGGGCGACCUGACCCCCACUGAGCUGGACUUCCAGGAGCUGCGGAAGGAGAUCGGCGAGAUGGAGUCCUUCGUGGGCCACCUCCGCUCCUCCCUCAACGGAAGCGACACCACGGUGGAGGUGGUGCACCGGGAGCUCCAGAACAUGUCGGUCACCGUGAGCGCCCUGGAGUCCUACGACAAGAACCACGUGGUGGCCGUGAGGCGGGAGCUGACCAGGCUUAGGCAGCGCUUGGCAGAGUGUCAGAAGGACAAGCCCCUGCUGGGACAGCAGCCCCCGACCGGCACAUGCGACCACCAGGGGAUCUGGCGCAUCGGCAAGCCCACGGUGGUGCAGCUGAACUGGCGGGGUGCGAGCUACAAGGCCGGGGCCUGGGGCAAGGAGUCGGCCCUGCGCGCCUGGCGGAAGGAGCGCUACUGGGUGGCCCCCCUGAACCUGGACGGCCGGCGGCUGGACUCGGUGCGUCUCUAUGGCUCCUACCAGGACCUGCUGCUGGCCCGGAACCCCACGGACCAGCUGAUCACGGGCUUCGGGCAGGGGGCCGGGCCGGCGCUCUACAAUGGCUCCUUCUAUUACAACUGCUACAAUGCGCGGGACCUCUGCCGCCUGGACCUGGAGAGCGGGGCCGUCGACCGCAAGGCGGUGCCCAACGCCACCUUCAACAACCGCUUCUCCUACGCGGGCACCAGCUGGCAGGGCCUCGACCUGGCUGCUGAUGAGAGCGGGCUAUGGGUGCUCUACGCCACCGAGCGCAGCGAGGGCGACAUCGUCAUCGGCCGCCUUGGCCCCGGCUCGCUGGCCCUGGAGAAGACCUGGCAGACCUCCCAGUACAAGCCGGCGGCCACCAAUGCCUUCAUGGUGUGUGGGGUGCUGUACGCCACCCGGGCAGUCAGCACCAGCCGCGAGGAGAUCUUCUACGCCUACGACACCCGCACCGGCCGGGAGAGCCACCUCAGCCUGCCGCUGGACAAGGUGACGGACGUCGUGCGGUCGCUGAGCUACAACCCCACUGACCACAGGCUCUACAUGUUCAGCGAUGGCUACCUGCUUCGCUACGACGUCCUCUUCCGGCCCUAGUGC